AUGGCCAAUGUCACCGGGUGCAAAACCAGUAAGCACCGAUUGCUAAUGAUCGCGGUACAGUCAGUCUUCUUUAACUGUGCUGAAGUAUGGGCGGACUCGUUUAACAAGAAGUCGUACCAAGAACGCCUGGCACAGGUACAGAGGAGAGCAGCAGUUAGGAUAGCCUCUGCGUACAGAACAGUGACCAAAUCAGGCAUACUAGUAAUCGCUGGAGUCAUACCAACUGUGCUCUUGAUGAAAGAACGUAAAACGUUGCACCACAGGAAAUCAGGUUGGAAAGGCGGUAACAAGCAAAGAGAGGACAGAAAAGACCUUUCGGUGCUGGCAGACGUACUGGGAACAGGAGUCGAGAGGACGCUGGAUUGCGAAAUUGAUCAAAGACGUGAAGAGAGGCGGCACGGCGAGACCAAUUAUUACUUGACACAGUUCCUGAGAGGGCACGGAUACUUCUGA